AUGUCUACUCUAUUAUCUCUAUCUAAUUUAUUACUAUCACAAAUCAUAUUAGAGAUUGAUGAUAAUGUAGAUAUAAUAUGUUUACUGUUAACUUGUAAAAAGUUGUAUCAAAAUGGUAGUAGUUUAAAAAGAUCGAUUAGAUUUAAAGGAAUAGGUCCUAUCGAUACUGACAAUGGAGAUAUAUUAGAUAAUAGUAUAUCAAAUCAACAUGUAAUACUUUCAAAAGAUAAAGAAGAUGAAGAGUAUCCAUUAUGGAUAAAAGAUUACACAGAAAAUAGAAUAGAUAAGAGUAUUAACAUUACAACAGUAUUGGUGAAUGAAUAUGAACCUAAAGUAUUAGAUUCUAAUCUACUCUACAAGAUACCAUCAAUCGAGACAUUAUUCAUCUACCAUAGUAGAAUAGAUCUUGGGUCAAUCUCAUUGUUACCUAAUCUUCAAAGACUAUCAGUUCAAGGAAAUUCAUUAACCAACUUGGUCCACACUCAAAUCAUCAACAAUAAUUAUUCUACAAGUGAAUUGGCUCUCGAGCAAUAUGUAUCAUUGACAGAGUUGACAUUAAACAAUUUACGUUCGAUUGGACCUGGUGUCUUGCCAAGCAGUCUGACAUCACUCACUUUGACAUUGUUGGAGUUCCCACAAAGAGAUACAUUCAUUUCAUUAACAUCGUUGGUGCACCUCGAUAUUCAUGUGGGAAAGAGACUACUGGCUAAACAAGAGGAGGAAGAGAAACUAUUCAUCGAUCUAUCAAGUCUAAGCAAUCUAAAGAGACUUGAGUAUAGUGAAUAUUGGCACCAAAAAUUUGGUAUCAUUUUCGAGAUUUGUUUACCUCCUUCAAUCGUCAUUCUAUCCUUUUAUUCCAAAAAUAUACAAAUAGCACAACAACAACAACAACAACAACAACAAUGUACAACAACUACUAUAAUGCCUGUAUUAGAAAAACUAUAUCUUUUUGAAAGUUUAUUAACUGGUGGUAAAAUCAAUCUCCUUUCACAAUGUCCAUCACUAAAGAAACUUUACUCCUAUGACGAGUCUGUUCCAUUACCUGAAUCACUUGUCAAAUUAAAGGGUGAACUCACCACAUCUUUUCUUUCCUCAAGACCUUUUGCUCGUCAUGGUCAAUUAAAAAAAUUGGUUUGGAUUUAUGGAUACGGUGGUCAAGGUGAUGAUUUGGACUUGUCACAGUCCAAUCUUGAAACGAUCGAUCUCUCUGACAUGCACGGAUUUUUUACAGUAACCAUACCACCAAGUACCAAAUAUCUAACAAUAUACUUGAUUCAAAAACAACAAGAUAUUCCAAUCUUUUCAAUCUCGGAUAGAAUAACCGUACCCAAAAAAAAACAAAUUCAAUCACAACAACAACAACAGGAACAAUGGUUACCAAUCAGCACAACUCAUCUAACUUGUAGCAUGUCUUGUACUCAAUCAAAAUGGUCAUUUAGAUUAGAUGAAAUAAUCAAUCAUACCAAUGUUAGAUAUUUGUCUUUUUCAAUGUCCAGAAACACUACCUUUUUACAAUUUUCAAUUCAAAGAUUAGACAGUGACAAUACGAAUGUAUUGGUUUUGGAAAGACGAUCACUUCUAGGUGGAAUCAUCACUCAGAAAAGAAAAGAAAAUUCAAAUACAAAUAUUAAUCUACAACAACAACAACAAUAUUCUCCUUUUUGUUUACAUUUUAAUGAUUAUAAUUCAAGUUCUCCAUUUGAAUUUAGUUGGAGUUUUGUCAAAGACAAAUAA